UUAUACCUGCCACGUUUUAUUUAAUAUAUAAUUUUAAAAAUGAUUAAACUAACACAAAAUGAUUGGCGAAUAUUUCGCCGACUUCAGCGUAAGCAUAAAGUUUCCUCUGAAUUCUUACGUUACAAUUUGGAAAAUAUCGAAAAGUUUAUAUGGUUUGAAACAUGGCCACGCAUAGUUAUAAAACGAUAUGCUGUAAGAAAAGAAAAUCGAGUGUUCAUAAUAUACUAUCGCCUAAGGCGCGUACUUUUCGAUCAAUCGAAUCGUAAAAUGUUUAAAAGGAUGCGACAAAACAUAAAGCAGUGGUCCAAACGCAUAGUGGCGUGGCAAAAAACUCAUUUAGGCAUUAAGGAAUACGUUGAAGAAGUGGUGUACGAAGAGAUUUCGGAAAAAAAAGAUGAAUUAGUAGCUGUCGCAAAUACUGAAACAUCAGGUGGCGCCAUCGAAGAUGUCAGCAAACAGCUCAAAGAACAACUGAAGUUAUUAAAGAACGGAAGGAGACCUCAGCCUUUAAUUACAAAUUCCGUUCCAAAAGAAACACCUCCAAGUACAGUGCAAGAAAAUCUAAAGUGUACCGAUGAUAAAGAGAAGUGUCCAGAUUCUUCUGGGAACAAAGAAGAGAAGCAAAAGUCUGAUAGUAAUAGUGUAGAUGAUGUUAGGAGAAAAUUAAAAGAACAAUUAAAUAGUAUAAAAGCUCGAAGAGAUAAUACUGCCCCUUUAGAUAUAAUAAAACCACCAGAGCCAAGUGACCGAGAUGGACAUCUUGCCGAAUGUUCAAGUAUAGAAACACAGCAAGAUUGGCAAAUUAAUUUGGAAUCCACACCGGAGAAGCAAAUAACCACACAAGAAAAUAUACAGCCUGUAAAACAAUUGGACACCGACGAAAAAACUGAAAAGUCUCACACAGAGCCAAGUGCACAACAAACUGAUAAACUGAAGACUGGUUUGAAUUUCUUGGACAUGCUUAUGUGUAAAGUUAGUGGCAGUACCAGCAAUCAAACUAUCAUUGGCAAUGUGAACUCAUCUGCCACAAAAACAAACGAUAGUCUAGCGAGAACGCCUUCAUCCAGCUCCUUAAAGGAGGGCUAUCAGCAUUACCAUGAACAUUCUAUGGAUUCAACAGAUGAAUUUUUAGGUUUUGAUGACUGUGAAAGAAUACCCGGCAUGCUAAUGACACCUAUUGUACCACAUUCCACUAAAAAUAACAAAAACUCGGUUUUCGUAAGCGAGUCGUUGAACGAGUACAUGCGCCUAAACGAUUUGGAAACCAAUUACAGUAUUGACGAAGAUAAAUCGGUGACAAAGAGUAAAAUAUUUGCCAGAGAUAUGGAAGGCCUGAUGACACCGAAAACAAAACCUCCCCACUUUGACAUGCCGGCUGUGCCAGAAAAUUUACUCAAAUUUCGUACGGUGGCCGAAAGAAAACAGUAUUUGCAAAAGUUUUCAAAAAAUUAUCGCUUGGCUAUCAUUAACAAUGAGGCUAGUAUUUAUAGGGAAUUGCAACGAAGAAUGCGCACUCAGAAGGUCAAAAGUGCCAGUCAAAUUAUGGCCCAAUCAGCAAAUUCGUCAAUGUCUUUUACACGCAACGGCUGGAAUGCUGCGUCUUUCAUAAACACCGAAUUUAAUAAAUACUACUAUCAAGUUUUAGACGUCGAUCAUGGCACCUACAAAGUGCGUUUAAGGGGGGUUCGGGGCAAUAACGAUGAAUUUCAUAAAAGCCCUUAUGUAAGUCGAGUAAUUAAACCGCCCAAGGUAUGCCCUGAACAUUGUGUAGAUGAUCAAGUUUGGCAAUAUUUGAAGCCCAUCAAGACGAUUGCAGCAAAAACGAAAAAACUCAAUAGGGGUCCCUUGCCUGCAGUGUUUAAACCAUGUCCAUUAUCCCAUAAGACUUUCCAGAAACCUUUAGAUGAUGACACUGCUGCUCUGCUUUUGGCUGGUGGCAGCAUGGCUGUGGUUCGUAUGCCCACGGUAGAAUUGGAGGUUUUUCCUGAGUAUGGCAAACCUUUGCAUGAAAUUGCCAAACGUUAUUUACAAUAUAUUUUGCCUCAUCAUGAUAUUUCCAGAGAAUGGGCUGAAUUUAGUGUCUCAACGCUGCUACAACCCAAGUCGCUUAAAGAAGUGGAGCAAGCAGCCGCCAAGACUUUUAAUUCGCUAGACUUGCGAAAAUCCUAUACGUUUGUCAUACCCUAUCUAAAUGAUCGUAAUCACAUCUUGGUACGACGUGUGGUUGAUCGUUCCGAGAAGUUGGAUCAAUCGUUUGAACAGAGCCUGGAAGACAGAGAAUUGGUGCCAAAAACCGACUUCUCAUUUCGACAAAACAUAGAUCAAACUGAUGAUGUGCUCUUAACGUGUGCCGAUGUUGUUAGCGAUAUGAUAAAUACAGUGGCCAUAAGUUGUAGUGAGAACUCAUUUAUUAAAACUGAUCCUGAUGGUUUGAAUAUUGAUGUAGAUUUAAUUGGUACAACGAAAUUCAAUUACAAACAGAAUUCUAAUAGCUUAGAAACACGAGCAUCAUCUUCGCCGAAUGUCACAGUGGCAGGUGGAAAUAUUAAGAAGCACAAGAAACAAAACAGCUUAUUAAUGGAAUUAAAACGUCUAAAUGCUACAAUUAUCGAUGCAGCCGUUAAGCCAGGAAAUGAUAAAAAACCUUGCUCCAAGGAGUACUGUCAAAUGGGUUGUAUUUGUGUUAGUCUGGAAGAUAUUGCGCCAAUGCGUGAACACUGUGGAAAGACGAAAUGCAUGCUGGAGUGCACUUGCAAAACGUCUGGUCAAUCACGUAUAAUGCGACUGGAGACAGAUGGUCGUACACUCACCACUGAGGAUGCUUUUAUGUUACGUCGCAAAGCCACCGCACGUUUAGCACGCAUGGAAAAGGAAUUCACAUCCACGGUGGUGCUUACGGAGAAUGAAACUCUACUGAUCAAUGAAACAAACAAUGACAAAAAGCGUCGCUGUACAAAAGCACCCAAACGCUAUGAAGACUUCACCGACACCGAAGAUGAACAGCGUAGAAAUUCGCCGAAAAAAACUGCCCUGACAACUAUAGACAAUGAAAAACAUUUAGCAAUUGAAAUUAAAGAAGUACACGAACCGGUAUACGUUAAAGAUUCAAUUUUAGAGCAAUUAAAACAUUGUACUGUUAAUUUAGUGCCAUUGCAAGAAAUUGAUAACAUUGCACCCUGGUGCAUGGUGCAUAAUUUAUAUAAAUGUUUCUGCAAGGGUCGCGCUGUGGAGGGAAAACCGAUGAUUAUUGAAAAGGAAGAGGUCAACACCACGGUCGAGCAUAAUACUGAACACAAAUUGGAAUUCGAUUACAGUGUCGGCGUAAAGCCCAAAUAUACUUUCGAUAAGGUGGAAAAGAAGAAUAAAAAGACCGUGAAUUAUGACGAGGAUGGUGAGGAUAAUGAAGAUGAAGUAGCUGAAGCAGAAGAUGAUAGUGACGAUGAAGACCAAGACUAUAAUAAUGACGAUGAUAACGAUGACGAUGAUUGGAUUAAAGAAAAAAAGCGCAGAAAGAGGGAGAGCAAAGACAAGUUUUCUGAAAAACAAGUGGACGAAGUAAAUAUAAAUAAAGAACAAGCUAAAUCGGAUGAUGAUGCUGAAGAAAUGGUCGAUGAUGAAUAUUCAAGGGAUUCAAUACAAAGUGGGCGUACCGAAAAACAAAAUCAUAAACGUAGUUUGCAUGAGGUGCGUAAACGUUUCUACCAGUCGCGUCCUGAUAGCUGCAGACGUCAUAUUCCCACACCUAGACGUAUGUUUCUGUAUUGCAAUCGCAGGCGCAGACUUAACGCUUUGAAAUUUAUUAAAUAUACUGAAAAUGAUCAAUCUAGACUGCUACUAAAUGAACAUGUAAUGCGAUCGGUGUAUUAUCAUAAAAUAGACACCGAAAAUCACAAAAAUAAUAAUAGCUCUGCAAGCAGUACAAAAGAUAAUAUAGAUGCAGUGGAGAAAACUAAAUGUGACAUGACACAACCACCACAAGCAACCGGAAGUUUGUCCUCAACAGAUGAUAAACCAAAGAAUAAGUAUUUGCUUGCGAAUGAAGUUGUGGAUCUAUUGGAAGAUGAUGAAGAAGAGCCCAGUAAUUCGAAGCCAUUGGAGAUUAAAGAUAAAGAUGAAAAUACUCAACUAACUUCGUCGAGCACAAGAUCGUGCAGUUCGUUCGAAAAACUCUCUCCUGAUACAGAAUCCGGUGAGUCUACCAAUCAUUUCGAGAUCUGCAGUAGUGGUGGUAUUAUAACAGUUAAAAAAUUCGCUACCUUAACAGAUCUAAAAAAUACGGAUCCUGUAAAACCAACACCAACAGCUCCGUCUGUAACUGCCACCAAUGAAGCAGCCGAGCUGACAGAGGCAGGACUUGAUGCACUCAAGUUACCUAAAAUAGCUAGCUGUUUUUCACUGAACGUUAAAGCUAACGCACAAAAACCUACUUCUACAGCAGCGCUUAAUAAAGAGAAGUGUUUGGAUUUCACCUCUGCCACCUCUGUACACUCGGCAGCCUUUUCGCAAACUCAAAAUCAACAAGAAAUCGAUUCGCAAAAUAAAUUGUUAUUGGCAACAGCACCUUCCAAGGAGGGUAGCACUGAUUUUCCUUUAGACAUGGACAAUGAAAAUGUAAAAGUUGUAUAUAAUAGUGUAAUAAAAACGAUGAAUUCAUUGGUUAGUAGAAAGAUGCAAGAUAUUGACUGUGCCCUACAAAGAGAAUCACAUAUAAUACCCACCCCCAAUGCAGAAAUUCUAUGCAUCAUGAAAUGGUGUAAUUUUCUAGAUGCUUUUUGCGAGGGUUUCGCCUAUGUCUGGCAGGUGAAAAUAAAAGAUGAAACAUUUUUGGUGGUUACCAUACGGAAUAUGAUGCCUUUGGUUGCCGGCGCAAUGGGCAUAGUAAAUAUUACCGCUUUGAAACCGGAUAAAAUGCCUUUGAUGGGUAAAAUGUUGUUACAGAAAUUCCGCAACAAAGCAACUGAAAAACUGGCCGUGGUAAUGCAGGGCAAGCAAUCUCAUUGGGUGGUUAAGGGAUUUCUAAAUUCAGAUCCUAAUAUGGCUUGCAACAAGCCCACGCCAGGAAGUCAUCCGGCUUUGACGAAAAAGAUCAAUGUUUUAUGUUCUUUGCUGGUGAAACAAAGACAAAAGGAUCAAAAGAAAAAGGAGAAAUCCUCAAGUCAAUGGACUAGUCCUCAAAUGAAUUUGGCAACACAAAAAGUGAGCAGACCUACACAGGCACCACUUCAACAACCACAACUUACACCAAAAAUAGCACAAAUUAUGCCAACACGUAGAUUAACAACUGUGCAACCCAUACCUCCUCCUGUAGCAAUGUCACAGCAAUCUCUAAACCCACCAAUAGUUCAAAAUCCAAUUUUAUUAACACAACUGCAGCAACAACAGCCAAUGCCACAACAACCCUUGACACUAGAAAUGCCACCACAAAUCUCUGUAGAUGCGACACAAAAACCAAUCAAACAAAAUGAAUUGGAGCCGGGGAAAGUAAUCGCCAAGAUAAAUUCACGAAAACGUAAAGCCGAGACGGCACAAUCUAACAAUUUAUUGAAAAUGGAUACAUACAGUAAAAUGAGUUCGAAUAUCGAAUAUCGCAGUGUAACACAGGCCGAUAUUAAUGAAAUCUUCUUACCCGAAUUACACAAAUUGGAUCACAAAUGGUUGGUACUCGACUUGCACAAUGACUUCUCUCAUAUAUUCGUACCGGAUUUUCGAGAUCUUGUAUCCUUGGAUCGUAUACAAAAGGUUAUCAACUUUGCCCGGCAAAAAAGCAAAAUCGUUAAACUGCAAUUUUUUCAAAAUGCACCAUUCGAUGCUUUCGUUACACCCAAAUCGGGUAGAAAGAUCUAUUUUGGUCCUUUAACAAUGGAUAUGAAAUCCCCCACUCUGAUAUUGCUGCAAAGUGUGGAUGGCCAAAUGAUGUUAAGGGAGCUCUAUCAGUUGCAACACAAUAUAGUAAAGAAGCCGGAGGAAAAAACAAAAGCAUUUUGGUUAAUACAUUUAAAAGGGAAGACACAGUUUGAAAUUGAUGCAAAUGUAAAUAGUGAAAAGGUAACACUAGAAAAUACAUUGCCCACCUCUUCCACUGCAAUAUCUUUAAUAACAUCGGAAAGGGAUAAGGAAAUAAUGGCUACAUCUGCGUCUACAACAAAUAUUGUCAAUGAAGAAGGAAGAAAUAAUGUUGAUGAUGACGACGAUGACGAAGAUUGUAUGAUAAUAGAUGAUGAAAACGUAGAAAGUUCUCCAACUGUGGCCAAGGAGGUAUUCAAUUUUAGUAUAAAUUCUACAAAUACUUGUUUGCCUGGCGCCCCAGCUAUACAAUCAUUGAUAUCAUCUAAAGCAAAUAACAUGGAUUCUACAAUAAUUGCACCGCACACACAGACCUUAUUGAAAGUGCCAAAUACAAAUACAAUUAUAAAGCCAUUAAAUCAUUCAAAUGCAAUCGGUCCUGUUGUGUUAAAUGUACCGCCAAUGUCAGUUAGUAACACAACAUUGCCAAUUUUAACUUUGCCACCAAACACCAUAAUAACCGGCAUUACACCCGCACCAUCGUUAGAUGUAGCAGCAACACCAGUUCUUAAUUUACCUACAAACGCUGUUAUAACUGACAUUAAGACAGCGCCACCGGAAGCACCAUACAGUUCUACUAUCUUCAUAACUUCCUCGGCAUCUUCGUCAUCAGCUACGACUACUGUAGGCACAACUACAUCCACAGCCUCUAUUAGCAACGCAACAUCAGUUUCAAAUUCUUCGGAUUCCCAUCAAAUACUAAAAAAUAAUACAGUGAAUAUAACGAGGCAAUCCUUUGAAGCGGGAGCCAUAAAACGCAGGCGCAUUUCAUUGUUCUGCUCGAAAAAAUUUGACCAAAUGUCGGAAAAUAUAGCAGUUGAUGCGGUUCUUAGAAAAAUUUUACCUGAUAAUACCGAUGACAUACUGACUGUGAGGGAGGAAGUUAAUAAUACUACAUUACUAACACCAGAAGUUGUAGCGACUGUAGGUUCAACAAAAAUUUCAAAACUUCGCCCUGCAGAAUCGAACACUUCCCAAACGAUAAUGAAACAAUCUCCAAUAAACUCCCCAGCAUCUACAACACAGCCAAAAGCACCUAUUGUCUUUGAUGUUAAUUUUAUGGACGAUGGCGAUGAGCCAACAGCAUCGAUUGUCAUAAAACCCACAACAACGACGCCAGCAACAGCCACGACAACAUCACAGACACAAAUUUGUAAACCUUCUACAUCAAAAACAACUGCUACAAAUUGUUCACUGAUCAGACAACAACUUAUGUCUACAAAAACUUCGACUCCCAGUACUACACCUACGGCUCAUGUUUACAGAAAUGUUAAAUUGCCAACACUCUUUAACACUACAACUGCUGCCACUAGCAGUACAAGUACAACAGUUAGUGCAAAAGGAAAACUUAUUAACUCCUUACUAUGUGCAAAACAAGCAAACGUUGUGCCGAAAUUUUCAACACCUAGGCCUAUAGCACCAAAAGCAAACCGUGCAACGUGUUCCACUUUUGUUUCGCCAACUGCUGAUAAUUCAAUAAGCACAACUCCGUUUCCAUUUAGAAGAUCAUCAGUAUCUCUAAAAGUACAAAAAAUAGUUAGUUCUUCAGUUGCAACCACGUUGCAGACGGCAAAACCGAUAACUCCCACUGCAGCAGUCACAACAAAUCAACUGCCGCCAUCUUCGCCAACUUUAACUGUAAAACAAGUUCAGGAGAUGUUAAAUAAACCCGGUAUAAGUGUUGCUUCAACAAACAAUACACAAACAUCAUCUGCAGCUGCAGCAGCAGCUGCAGUUUCCUCACCAACGAUGCCGCUACAAAUAUUGCCCUCAAUAAAAGCAAGAAUAACGCCGGCAAAAGCAACACCCAUUUCACCAGCUACAUCAGCAAUAAUAACUCCGGCCUCAACAACUUCGAUAUCGACCGCAUGUACAGUUUCUUCACCAUCUACAUCAGUAAUAUCCAAGACCAUACCUAAUGCAGAUACGGCAUCAUUGAAUCCCACUUUAACCAUAAGCAAAGUACAAUCAUUUGGAUCACCGCAAAAACCCCAUAAUCCAGAUAAAAAUCUGCAAAAGUUUAUACCUCCUCCAUCGCAAGUCGUAAUCAGCGAUGUGAAUGAUAAAAUUGCGCCACCACCUCACAUACAAUAUGGCUACAUUGUGUCUAAAACUCUUUCCAAUCAUAAGUAUGUCGCCAAACGGGUAGCUGAUGAAUUUUAUGUUAAAGUACCUUCAGUGGGUAUAUUAAAAUUACAGGGCUUGGGAGCUGUUAAUAAUUAUCUCAAUAAAUAUAUUAACAAAACAUUUAAGGAUAGCGAUAAUACAGCAGGAGUGUGGCAGUUUAUGGCCGCUAGCAAGGCUGUACAAAUGCAAAAUCAUCAGAAAUCGUUGCUGGUACGUAAAACAAAAAACCCCAGUGGUACUUCUGGAACGACUAAAAAUAAAAACAAUCCAAACAUUAUGACUGUGUGUGACACCUCUUUAGAUGAACCGAUAUUAAUUGAUGAUUAAAUCUAUUUAACAUCAUUCGGCACAAUGAUGUUUGAAUAUAAACAGUGGCGAUAUUAUAAUUAAUAAUUUCUAUUGAAGUUAUUAACGUUUGUAAAUAUAACCAAUUAUUUAAGCAACUUUUUAAUCAUAUCUAUAUUUAUAUAAAAAUAUAGUUAUUUUACAAUAUUUUCUUAAAUAAUACCAUUUGAUUGAUUGUUUAAUUAUACAUUCAAAUUUUUAUUGAAACAUGCUUUAACAUGAGAUUAACUCAUAAAAACAACAAGUUGAAUUAUUGUUUUUUUUUUUAGUUACUAUGAAUAGUUUUAAAUUUCAAUUUCAUUAACGGAAUUGUUCACAAUACUUUACUUAUUUAGUUAAGUAUUAUUUUUAAUUUCUUUUAUUAUUUUUAAAUAUUAUAGAAAUCACUUUGUUUAUGUUAUUUUGAAUAAUUUAAAGGCAGCCUAACAAAUUUUGUAUGUAUGUUUAAAUAAAAGCAAACAAAAAAAUCUGAAUAAAAAAA